AUGAUUAUUCCCGGAUUUAAAGAAAUACGUGUUUGCGUUCCUUCAACUAGUAGAAUUACCGGCUGGGUCUCUUUUGAUGGAAGAAACCGUAUUUCACUUGAGCGUGGUGAUUCUAUCGUGGUUACUGCAUCAUUGAACCCUUUGUAG